AUGGACGGAUUUCAACAUCCAUAUAAUUUUACAGCUGGAGAAGCAAUUAAAAAAUGGCGAACAUUAGUUGCAAAUGAUGGUAUUCUACUCGAAAGAGAAUUUAAUGCUCUUCAAAAAUUGGAUACCAAUCGUAUAACUAUUGCAACAAAUCCAGUUAAUAAAUCUAAAAAUCGUUAUGCAUUAGUUUAUCCAUACGAUGAAGAUUAUUGUCGAGUUUGUUUAAAGAAAGAAAUAAAUGAUCAAUCUAAUGAGCAUUCAGAUUAUAUAAAUGCAUCAGUUAUUUGGUCUAUUCCACCAGUAUGGAGGCCUAGUGAGCAAACACUUGAUGAUUUCAUACGAAUGAUUGUUGAGCAACAAAUAUCCGUAAUUGUUAUGCUUUCAUAUACAUAUGAUCCCAUAACAUGUACUUAUGCACAUGAACAUGCAGCAUAUUUUUCUGAUAAAAUUAAUGCUGUUAUUGAAACGAAAUCAUAUACAAUUCGUACAACAUCUAUUAUUCCAGCAUAUCGUUAUAUUGGACGACGUUUACGUAUUAAGUCUAAAUUAACAGAUGUUGUACAUAAUUGUGAACAAUUACAUUAUCCUCAUUUUAUGGAUAAAGGUAUACCAUUAGAUUGCCAUUCAAUAAUUGGUUUAGUAAUGAGAUUACGUGAACCUAUGAAUCGACAUCAUCGUGUACUUGUUCAUUGCAGUGCAGGUAUUGGUAGGACAGGUGUAUUUAUAGCACUUUAUUAUUUGAUGGGAGCUUUUGAACGUCAACAGAUAUUAAAUGUUAAAAAAAUAGUUGAUACAAUUCGUCUUUAUCGAGCACAUCUUGUUCAAACAGUUGAACAAUAUGAAUAUAUAUAUCGAUGUUUAGCUGCAGUAGCUAUACAUCCUUGUGAUGGUCGAGGUUUAGAUACAUUUAUUGAAUAUUAUAAGAAUUUAUUACCAACAGCUCGUAUAGAAAAUAGUAUAAUCUAUGAUGAUUAUGAAAAUCGUAAUAAUCGUAUUGAAUCAGAUCGAUAUCUAACAACAAUAACGGCUGAACAAUAUUCCAAUUGUAAUCGAAAUCAAUUAUUUAUUCCAUAUGAUCAAAAUCGUGUUAUACUUCAUUCACCUAGUGAAUCAAUGUAUAUCAAUGCAUCAAAUAUAACAAAUGUAAUAGGACCGAGUGGUACAAUAUUAACACAAGAACCGAUGCAAUCUACAUUACAACCGUUCUUUUCCAUGAUCUUACAAGAAUAUAAGAAAUUUAUUGUUGCUGUUGAACAAUUAGAAAAAUCAAAUUAUACACAAUCAGAAUUUGUUAGUUCAAGUGGAAUAAAAGUCGAUAUUUCAACUGUUAAUCGAUCAAAACAUACAUUUGGUGAUUAUUAUAAAUCACAUAAAAUACAAAUUAAACAUAAUACUGUACGUGAAGCAGAUAUAUUCAUUUUUGAAUAUACUGGUGAAUGGACAAAUGAUAAUACAUAUUUACCAACAAAUCUCGAACAAUUUGUUCGUUUUGUUGAUCGAGCAAUUUAUCAUCAACGUAAACUUGAUCUUAAUCGACUUGGUCUUAUUGUUCAUGAUCGUGAUGGUGGUACAAAAGCAGCAUUCUAUUGUAUAGUUCAAAAUAUAUUCGAUCGUUUAUUAAUCGAUGGUCGAGUAUCUAUUGAAAAUUUUGUUACUGACAUUUGUCAACAACGAAAACAUGCUUUAAUGUCCUUGGAACAAUAUAUUGCGCUUCAUCAAAUUGUUUGUAUUUGGAAUAAUUUAAAAAAUCGAGGAGCUUUGGAAUGCCUUAUUAACAAUACUUCUUUUUAA